UAAAGAAAGGCAGCUGAGGAGUCACAGGACAGGAGGCGUCGGCUGGCACACAACAGGACGAGAGAAAUGGCAAAUUUUUCAGGCACCUGGAAAAUGAAAAGCAGCGAGAAUUUUGAUGAGUUGCUCAAAGCUCUGGGUGUGAACGCCAUGCUGAGGAAGGUAGCAGGGGCGGCUGCAUCCAAACCCCAUGUGGAGAUAAAACAGAACGGUGACCACUUCUACAUCAAGACCUCCACGACUGUACGCACCACGGAGAUCAACUUCAUCGUAGGCGAGGAGUUCAACGAGGAGACGGUGGAUGGCAGAAAGUGUAAGAGUUUGGCCACGUGGGAGACGGAAAACAAGAUUUAUUGCAAACAGACUCUGCUGAGCGGGAACGGUCCAAAAACCUUCUGGAGCCGAGAACUCAAAGGGGAUGAACUCAUUUUGAUCUUUGGAGCAGACGAUGUGAUCUGUACACGGAUCUACGUACGAGCACAGUAGACAUCUCCGUUCCUCCAAAUUAACUCACAACUGACACCCUGUUGAUGUCUGAAAUUUAGCACCUUGCAAAAGUAUAUAUAAACCACCAACUUUUUUUUUUUUUUUUUUUUACAUUUUUUUAACUACAAGAAAAACUUGCAUAUUUUAUUGUGAUUGUGGAUAAUUGGGUAGUUUAAAAAAUACCAACUUUUCCAAUCUACAGAAUAUUUUUGCCCUGUCUACAUAACAUCCCCCAGCAUGAUACCAUGCUUAACAUAGUAUUUAAUUUGCUUAAUUUAGGUUCACAUGUCACAUUUUGCAUGAGGUAUCAUCUGUUCAGAGCACCUUCUUCUCUUCUGCUGACUCCAACAUGGCCUGUGGCAAACUGCUUUGGUUUCAACAACGGUUUUCGUCUUGCUGCUCUUCAGUGAAGGUCAGAUUCUUAGAAUGAACACCAAGCAGAUGCAGUGCUGACAGAUUCCAACACCUGAGCUGAUCUGCAACUGUGCCACUUUCCCUUUUCAGAUAACAGAUCAAACAGUGCUCAAUUUGAUCUUCAAAUUUUGGGUUUUCAUUUCAGACGCCAAGUCUACUUUCUCUACUACUAACCUGUCUUUAACUUUAUCCCUGAUGUCUCUGGUUAGUAUAUCUUUUUUGAAAAUAAUACCCCCCUUGCUGUCAUAAAACAAUGUUACAAUUAUACCCUUAUCCCACCUUGAAGUGUUUUCUUGAAAAAGGCUAAAGAGGUUUGUGGCCAUAAUGUGACAAAAUGUAAAAAAGUUCAAGGAGUAUGGAUACUUUUGCAAGGCACUUUAACCUUGACGGUGUGCUGCAUUUUUGUAUAGCAACGUAAUUUAGAAAAUAGAUUUUUGCUUUUUCUUGUGCAUAAUUUUGUGGUUUUGAUUUUUUUUCCCCACAACAAAGGCAGAACUAACUGGUCUAAUCUGAAUAAAAAUGCUCAGAAUGUUUGAUGCUGAA